UUGGCUUUACCGGACGGAUCAGCGGGCUCUUGUCGGUGAGAUAGGGUUUUAUUCCUUCUUACGGGCAUUGCAUGGAGAAGGAGUCGCUCAAGGUUUACGACAUAAUGAAUACGGGGACCGCCAGAAGGAUUUGGGUUAUGCGGGGAGUGCCUAUCUCUUAUCUCCUUCUUUCAACCAUUCUGUUCCUUGAACAUCUGCGAUUCAAGCGAUCGCAUGAUAAGGUACUCAGAUAGUACCAAUAGUCUGCGUGCUCCGGUCACUGUGGUUUAUUGAUAGGGUAUCUUUUCUAUUGCCGUCU